AUGGAGACUGAGAAAGUCGACCGUGAAGAGAGUUGCUCAUUUGGGUUCCUCUCUGUCUCACCCCUCUUCCCACACACUCCUGAUGAUGAGACAGGACCUUCGUCUUCAUGUGCCAGUUUGCAAACAGAUGAUACAAGAGAGGUUGGACUAGAGAACGUCCUCAGAGAGCAUUCUCCUGAUGCUUCCAGUCAGUCAGAGGAGAGGGAGGCGGAUGCCCAGCCCAUGAAGAGUUCACUUCAUUUUGUUGUACCUUUGCCUCUUCACAAGUGGGUCCAGAUGGUGGAUCUACCUGAUUAUGACAAUGGCUCCCUGCCAUGCCCUUCACGCUCACAUAGUGCCUCUGGUGGCUUCGACCCAUCGCUGAUAUGUCACUUGGCCUCUAUCUUUAGUAUGGUGUUCUUUCUGUUUUGCUCCAAGGACGAAGACGGGGAAUAUGUUGGUUUAGCUACACUGCCAAACCAAGUCCAGCGAAAAUCAGUGAAGAAGGGAUUUGAGUUCACCUUGAUGGUUGUUGGUGAGUCCGGCUUGGGCAAGUCCACCCUAAUCAAUAGCCUCUUCCUCAGAGAUCUGUACAAGGACAGAACUCUUUAUGAAGUGCAGGAAAAGGUGUAUCAGACUGUAGCAAUUACAAAGAAAACUGUUGACAUUGUUGAAAAGGACAUUAAGCUAAAGCUCAACAUUGUGGACACACCAGGCUUUGGAGAUGCUAUGGACAACACUAAAAGCUGUAAAGCUGUGGUGGAUUAUAUUGUCUGUCAGUUUGAGCAGUACCGCAGGGGUGAGGUCCGUCUGAACCGCAAGAACAUUCAGGACAACCGUGUGCACUGCUGCCUCUACUUCAUCUCACCUUUUGGCCAUGGCCUCAGACCAAUUGAUGUUGAGUUUAUGAAGGCCCUUCAUGAAAAGGUCAACAUCGUGCCUGUGCUGGCUAAAGCAGACUGUUUCACCCACUCUGAGCUUCAGUAUAUGAAAACCAGAAUUUUGAAUGAGCUCAAUGAUUACAGGAUCAAGAUCUAUCAGUUCCCAGAAUGUGACCCAGAUGAUGAUGAGCUUUUUAAAAAGCAGCACUUGGAAAUGAAGACACGGAUACCAUUUGCUGUAAUUGGGAGUGACACAACAGUGGAGAGCAAUGGCAAGAGAUUACGAGCACGCUGUUACCCAUGGGGUGCUGUGGAAGUGGAGAAUCCUGCUCACUGUGACUUUGUGCAUCUGAGGAACAUGCUGGUGCAAACACACAUGCAGGACCUGAAGGACAUGACUGAGGAUUCUCUGUAUGAGAACUACCGCAUGCAGUUCUUGUGCCGGAAAAGCACUGACCAGGAAAGUGAUAAUUAAACACUGGAGGAGGACAGUGCACUGAGAACACUACAUGAGCAAAUAAAAAAACAAAGGACCACAGA